AGUUCUUUCCUCUUUUCCUACUAAAUUUCAUCAGUGACUGCCGUUCACAUAAAAUUGCCUCACCAUGUCAAUUGCUUCACUUGCCUCAACAACUAUAAGAAGGCUAGAAGGGAAGGUUGCAGUCAUCACCGGUGGUGCUAGUGGCCUUGGCGAGUGCACUGCAAGAACUUUCGUCAAACAUGGCGCCAAAGUGCUUAUUGCAGAUAUCAAAGAUGAAUUAGGUAAAUUUGUUAGCAAAGAUAUUGGCCCGGAAUUCUCCUCCUUCGUUCACUGCGACGUAAGCAAGGAAAAAGAUGUUGAAAAUGCUGUAAACGCAGCCAUUUCCCACUUUGGAAAACUUGACAUUAUGUUCAACAACGCUGGUAUAAUUGAGCACCCAAAACCCGACAUACUUGACAAUGAAACGUCUGAUUUUGAACGAGUCCUUAGUGUUAACUUAGUAGGUGCAUUCUUAGGCACUAAACAUGCUGCUCGAGUGAUGAAACCGGCUCGCCGGGGCAGUAUAAUUACGACCGCUAGCAUUUGUUCAGUAGUUGGUGGAAUUGCUUCCCAUGCCUACACCAGCUCAAAGCAUGGCGUGGUAGGGCUAAUGAGAAAUGCUGCAGUGGAGCUAGGACAGUACGGUAUUCGUGUAAACUGCGUUUCUCCUUAUGGGGUUGCAACUCCUCUAGCAAAGGAUUUUUUCAAGCUAGAUGAUGUUCAUGGCAUUUAUGCCAAUCUUAAAGGGGCGAUUCUUGAACCAGAAGAUGUGGCUGGGGCAGCUCUUUACUUGGGAAGUGACGAGUCCAAGUAUGUGAGUGGGCUUAAUUUGAUCUUAGAUGGUGGCUUCACCAUCACAAAUUCUGGGUUUUCUAUGCCUGGUAUAUCUGAAUCAUCAGCACAUUGAAUAUAUAUCCUUAUAGGAAAGCCUAGGAUUCAAUGUAUUGAAAACACAAAUUGCCAAGUCUAAAUUAUAUAAAUAAUGACUUUAGCUACUUUCAAAAAAAUAAAAAAUCAUGAUUGGAAUACAAAGUCAUUAUCCAUUUUUCAAGACUAGGAUUUGCUUCUUUUAUAUAUAUUACCAAUCCAAUUCUUCUUCAAUCUAACAUAGAUUUUAUGUUUACCUCUUGAAAAAAAGGGGGACAACUAUGGAGCAAUGACAUAGGAAAAGAAACAAACCUUCUUGCAUAAUAAAAAAUAAUAGUAAGCCCAUUAAUCUUUGUCGACCGCGGCAUUUGUAUACCUAAUUCAG